AUGGAGGUGACCACCGUGUUCCCAUCUGCUGCCUCACCCACUGAAGGAGAAGAUCUGUGUGAGGCAGAUGUGACAAAUGUGGCCAUACACAGUGUGACCCUGCUCAUCUGCCUCUGUGGGCUGGCUGGGAACGGGGCUGUCAUCGGCCUCCUCAGCCUGAAAAGCAGCAAAAACGGAAUCUUCGACCUGGCUGUCACUGACUUCCUCUUCCUUCUCCUCACAGUCCUCUCUGCCCUCCUCUUCCUGGUGGAGGACGUGUCCUGCUUUCAUAUCAUGCCCAGGCUGUACAUACAGUUUUUUUUUGAGCUGUCUGUGUCCUCGUAUUACUGGGCACUGUUCUGGCUGAUGGUCAACAGCCCCGUGCGGUACAUGUACAAGAUAUGGAAGUUGUGCUGCCACUGGAACCCUCCUGAGCGCAUGUGGUUGGUGGCAAACAGUGCCAAAUCCUAUGGCUUCUUUACUCUCUUCACUGUCAUUCCCACGGUGACAUUCCUGUGCCCAUCACAAGAACAGGAGCGCUGCCGGGCAGCUUUCAUCUCUGUAUUCACCCUCAUCCUGCUCUUCUUUGCUGCACCCGUGGUCAUUUCCAGCACAAUCGAUUUCAUUAAGGCCAAGUGGGGCUCCCAGCGGCUGCAACCCAUGAGGAGUGACAUCGCUGUCUUCCUCACUGUGCUCCUCACUCUCAUCCUAAGCCUCUGCAAUUUCCUGCAGCAGCUCGGGUACAUUGCUGUGUCAUCCCACAUUGUUUUCCUGCUCACCAGCAUCAACAGCAGCAUCAAACCCUUCAUCUACUUCUUGGCAGGGUGGUGCACAAGACCCUUCUCCAUGGCGAGCUGCUGGAGGCUCUGUAGACUGCGAUCUCUCAGGGAUUCCCUCCAGAGGGUCUUUGAGGAGCAGAAAGAAAAAACUGACCACAGCAAUGAUGCCUCAGGGAGACGGGGGUGUGAGCCUGCUGAUCACUUCCACUGCUCUGCUGAAGGACCUCAGCCAGAGGCUGAGGGUUUCCUUGAGUCUUCUCAUUAA